AUGGACGAGCUGCACCUGGAUGUCACGAUUUCACAAGCUCGAGUGGGCGACGGCGAGCACCCUGUACUGUAUCCUACAAGUUGGAUCAAAGCCAUCGAUCGCUUUACAUUGUGGGAUACUUUGUUUGGUACGGAUGAUUUGGCCUCUGGGAAAAGUAUGCUUGAAGACUUUUGGGGGAAGUUUUCCCGUAUCUACAGCGACUUCGAGGGCUUGCAGCAUGGAAUCCCUUGGAGCCAGAUGGUGCCGCUGUACAUUCAUGGCGACGAAGGCCAACACUACAAAAAAAAUGCAGUGAUGGUACUGCAAUUUCAAAGUGUUCUAGGCCGCGGCACUAGCCGUCUGUCUGCUGCUCGUCAGGGCGAUGUUUUUGGGAACGAGCAAGGCUACUAUGUCAACCAAAAGGGUGUGACAUUUCGGACGAGGCUACUGUUCUCGGUCAUGCCGAAAGAGCAGUAUGCCAAAUCUGCUCAGCCUCUGGAAGACCUCUUCGAGCGCCUGUGUGAAGACUUGCAGUCUGCUUUUCGGGAUGGGGUGCAGCUGAUGGAUGGGUCCAAGCUGCAUCUGUGCCCCAUAGGGGUUAAAGGCGACUGGCCGUUUCUCGCAUCCCGGCUGCUUGCAAGGCUUGAACGCACAAUAUAA